AUCGCGAUAGUUCCGCUCUAGAAACCCAUUGAGCAUUUUAAGAGCCCAGAAAUAUACUAUUAAUAGCGCUGUCUUAUUUCCCAAAUGCUGAGACGUUAUAAUAAACAAGUCUCAGCUCAUAAGCACGUCGAGGAAAGAAUAGCGUGGUUGUUUCAGACAAUCGGAUAGACCUUUGUUCCAGUGUACCUGGUACCUACACCAGCACUUUCUGUACCUGUUCUGUUUUUCAAACCACUUCCAGGUGUUUCUCCAGGGCAUGUAGCAAUAUGGACGCUGCUAAAGUGCAGAGGAAACAAGCAGAAGAAAUUUCGUCCUCACAGAAAGAGGCAAUUUGUGCCCAGACCAGCUGAACUAUCCAUGGCCUGCGUUCUUUCCCUGUUCCGGCCCCAGCCUUUUCUGGCCCUCAUUGGAAGGUGGAAACCUCCGUUGUGCAAGAUGUCAAUGGACUCUCGUGCACGCCUAGUUUUUGCAGCUGCAGUGGAAGCUGUGCAGCCAGACACCAUAGUCCGACAGAGUAUAAAGCGCAAGGAAGACUCGGUCACUAUCGACGGUCACAAAUUCACACUCAAACACAACCUGCACUUGGUGGGUUUUGGAAAAGCUGUACUUGGUAUGGCUGCAGAGGCAGAGAAACUUCUGGGGGACCACUUAGUCAAAGGACUAAUAAGCGUACCAAAGGGGAUUCAGCAGACAUUACAGGAGCAUGGCAAAGGACAUCUGUUGUUGAAAGAAAACAGUCGCAUCAAAGUAAUGGAGGGGGCUAAAAACAACCUGCCUGAUACUGAUGCCCAGAAGGCAGCUGAAGAGAUCAAGCAGUUGGCAAGUGAACUGACAGAAAAUGACAUUCUGCUGGUACUGAUUUCAGGUGGAGGCUCUGCAUUGUUACCUGCGCCCAUCCUACCAAUCUCACUGAAAGAGAAAUUGGACGUUACCCGCAAACUUGCAGCUGCUGGUGCCACAAUUCAAGAGCUAAACACAGUGCGACGUGCUCUCUCUUUCCUAAAGGGUGGAGGACUUGCACAUUUUGCUCACCCUGCCAAGGUGGUUGCGCUGAUAUUGUCAGAUGUAAUUGGGGACCCACUGGACUUGAUCGCCAGCGGCCCCACAGUGCGGGGUGAGGUGUGGCCUGAAGAAGUCCUAUCAGUCCUUGAACGUUACAAGCUGUUGAACUCUCUUCCAUCCUCAAUAAAGGAAGUCCUUGGGAGACCAGGCCCUCAUUGGAAGGAGACUAAGGAAGAAUCCACUGCAUCAGAAUAUGUUCAUAAUGCUGUGAUCGGCUCAAACAGUGUCGCCCUCAUGUGUGCAGGUCGCCGUGCUCGUGAGCUUGGUUUCCGCCCUGUAGUGGUGGCACCAGGAGUGUGUGGCGAUGUGAGGGCAGUCUCUAGACUUUAUGGCCUCCUGGCCCGCUUUGCCUGCUCUCGGGAGGAGCCUCCUCCAGAGAUUGCUGCUGAGAUGCUGAGGCUGGGGCCUGAGGUUGGUGUGGAGAGCUGGGACCUCUGCCGCACCAUGCAGGUAUUGGGUGAAGGGCGUACAGAAGGGUGGGGGGCCACAUGUCUGUUAGCUGGAGGUGAGCCCACUGUGGAGCUGACGGGCAUGGGUCGAGGUGGGAGAAACCAAGAGCUAGCUAUGAGAGUGGGAGUGGAGCUGAGAGACCUGGGGAUCCCACCUAAUGGUCCAGUCUUCCUGAGUGGUGGAACUGACGGCCAGGAUGGACCCACUGAGGCAGCAGGGGCCAUCACUGAUGGGGGGUUGUAUGAAGAGGCACAAGCUCAGGGGCUGCACAUCGAUACCUUUCUAACCAACAAUGAUUCUAACACCUUCUUCUCAAGUCUCUCUGCUGGCAAGCGCUUACUUGUACCUGGUCUUACCUGCACCAAUGUGAUGGAUGUGCACAUGCUACUUAUUCCACCAAUCCCCAUUACUAUAAGAUGAUUUAAAUGCACAAAAAAUAAAAUCAUUGAAUUCCAGUGGA